UGGUCAUCUAACGUAAAUUUGAUAAUAAAUCAGUAUAUUAAUAUAAGGUUCAUAUACAAAAAUAAUAAUGCGCAUCAUGUACCUACGUAAGUAUUUUGGAAGAGCUUUUUUUGAGUUUUUCGAUGCAUUAUAUAUUAUUCGUCAAUGCGCAGGCUUAUUAGAACUCACUGUGACGCCAUAUUGUCUUCUUCGAUACUAGUGCGCUUCUACAACGCCCUCACACGUCGUUUCUGGAGUUAAUAAGGUACGUAAAGAAUAAUUGUUAAAAAGUGAGUUAAAAUUGAUUUCCGCUGCAAGUGUAAGUAUUCUAGCACAUCCUGUUUAUUACCUGUCCGUAGGAGACACUAAAGCAAUGCACUGUAGUACGUUUGAGUAGUUUUAACAAUGUUUUUCUUGCGACAGUCUUCAGUACGUCGCUUCCUGUAGUAGUUGGUGUCCAUGUUGAUGACAGCGCCAACAGUGCCAAUUUCAAGCAAUUUUUGCUGUUGAUGCCCCCUGUAUUCUAAAGUAGAGUCUUUGGAUGGUGCAAUCAUGAGUGAGGUCAAGCAGAGAAAGAAGGGCCCUGCCCAAAUCCACAGGACAGUACAAAUUAAAAUGGAGGGUCAGGAAUCUGAAACCAUAACAGACAUUCAGAACUAUUUAGAAACAUUCAACAAAGAAAUACAGAGUGGAGACCAUACAGUCCAGCAGUUAACAGAAGUGCACCAAGUGGGAUCUGAUGAUAACCAGGACGAAGGAACCUACUUUGUGGAUCAGUCAGGCCAUUAUUACUACCAGGCAAACAGCGAUCAGCCUCCUGUCAUGACGGUGGUGUCUGCUGACCCUAACUCAGACGUGAUGGAUGGUGGAGAUGGAACUUACAUGUCAAUGCACUCUCAAGAUGGCCAUGUGGAGGAGAUUUCUGUCAUGGAUAACGAAGAUGGCAUGUCGAGCAGUGACGGCAACCAGAUGAUCCUGAACGCUGGCGACGCCUACCAGGCGGUGACCAUCGUGCCCUCGGAGACUGGCGCCGGGGAGGUGAGCUACGUGCUCAUAGUGCAGCAGCCCGACGACAAGGACGACAAGGGGGAGGACCAGGACCUCACCGUCUACGACUUCGACGACGGCGAGGAGGGCGGCAUCACGUUGGAAUCUGGUGAUGAGGAUGACAAAACAAAAAUAAUCAAAAUUGUACCAAAGAAAUCUCAAACUGUCACGCAAGCCCAUAUGUGUAAUUACUGCAACUAUACAAGUCCCAAAAGGUACCUGUUGUCUCGGCACAUGAAGUCCCACUCUGAAGAGCGGCCUCACAAGUGCAGCGUGUGUGAGCGAGGCUUCAAGACGCUGGCCUCGCUGCAGAAUCACGUCAACACACACACUGGCACCAAGCCACAUCAUUGCAAGUUCUGCGAUAGUGCCUUCACCACUUCAGGUGAACUCGUAAGACAUGUUCGAUACAGACACACACACGAGAAACCUCACAGAUGUUCAGAGUGUGAUUAUUCGAGUGUGGAAUUGAGUAAAUUGAAGCGUCACAUGCGUUGCCACACAGGCGAGCGGCCAUAUCAGUGUCCGCACUGUACGUACGCCAGUCCAGACACCUUUAAACUGAAGCGUCACCUACGCAUCCACACGGGAGAGAAACCCUACGAGUGUGACAUUUGUCACGCUCGGUUCACUCAGUCCAACAGCCUCAAAGCCCACAAGCUGAUUCACAGUGCGGGGGACAAGCCAGUUUAUCCGUGUGAACUAUGUCCAACCACGUGUGGACGUAAAACAGACCUAAGAAUCCACGUGCAGAAACUACAUACAUCAGACAAACCAUUAAAAUGUAAAAGAUGUGGUAAAGCCUUCCCUGACAGAUAUUCCUACAAGAUACACAGUAAAUCUCACGAAGGUGAGAAGUGUUUCAAAUGUGAUCUCUGCCCUUACGCAUCAAUAUCGCAAAGGCAUUUAGAGUCACACAUGUUGAUCCAUACGGAUCAGAAGCCAUACCAGUGUGAUCAGUGUGACCAGUCAUUCCGUCAGAAGCAGCUGUUGAGGCGGCACCAAAACCUCUACCACAACCCCAACUAUGUUCCUCCUCAGCCGCGAGAGAAGACCCACGAGUGUCCAGAGUGUGGCAGGGCAUUCAGACACAAAGGAAACCUCAUACGUCACAUGGCCGUCCACGAUCCGGAGUCUUCCGCCCACGAGAAAGCUAUGGCGCUCAAGUUGGGGCGACAAAAGAAGAUUCAGAUCAUAGAUGGGCAGCAGGUAGAGGUGAUGACGGGAGAAGAUGAGGACGACGAGGACGAGGACACGGACCAUGAGAUGAUGUCCGUGGAAGGUCAAGAUGGCCAGCAGUACGUCGUCCUGGAGGUUAUACAGCUGCAGGAUGGUGACGGCUGUGAGCAGGCGGUGGCAGUUGUGUCGGGUGAUACUACACACGCCAUUGGCCACUUGCAGACGAACGACAGCGAUGAUGAGGGUUUUAUGGGCUCGCACCACAUAACGCCUGACCAUCGUGAGUAUUUUCAUGUGGAUGAUGUCAUGCAUACCUUGAGUGAGAGGAAACUAACAAGAAAAGAAGCCUUAGCGAUACGAAAAAGACUGGAGACAGAAAAUGACAUGAAAAACUGUUUUGGAUUUGAUGAUGAGGCAGACGAUGAUGAAACAGCAAAGACAACCAUCCAGCUACUGGAAGCGAUCCACCAAUGAAGUGGCUGUAUGAUGGACAUAGUCUGCUGAAACAAACGUGACCUGAAACUGAAACAUGCGAAGUUCGCAGUUACAAAACUUUCUUUGCAUUUUUGAGUAAUGUGUAGUUUUCAGAAUCACAUUCUAUGAAUGACCGUGAAUACAGCCUGUCGACGAGCUGUAUCAAUGAAAAUAGUGUGCGAAUAGUGUUUUGAAAAACAAUAAGUUUUGAAGAAAUGUUGUGCUGUGGUUUCGUAUUUUUGUCCGAAGUCGUUUCGGAUUAGUGAUUGUACAAAUUACACAUGUUGUGUGGGUGUGUUUCUUGACUGUGCUUGCCUACAGACAUGUGAAUGUGAGAAAGAUGUGAGAAAGAUGUGAUAAAACAGAUUUCUGUAUUUCUAA